UUACGAACAUGAAGCUAACGGCAAUCAAUGAAUAACCAAAGCUAGCCGCGCUCAACGCCGUCGCUGGGCCUCUCUAUGCGGCUGACUUAUAGGGACGGGCUGCUAAAGUGUACUAUAACUUGGAGAGUAAAGUGUAUCGCUAAUAUGUGUGGGAUUAACCUGGCGUAAAGGGGACUAUGUUUGACAGUUUUAAACUUCAAAUGUUCACGUAGUGCUCAGAAACAGCCGGACGUGGUGGCUAGUGUUUGAGACUCACGUUAGGUGCUGCCGCUGUCAAACAACCAACGCGUGUCUUCAGUGCUCCUGCGGCUCCGAGCUGCUUGUAUUUUGGGUACAUUUUGUGAAUUGAGGAAGCUGGGGCUAUGGGUUUCGCCAACAGCCUUAGAUGAACGGAAGUAAGCUGGACCUGCAUAACUCCACUAAGCUGCGCCGCCCUCCAGCCGGGGUUCCCCUCUCCCCGUCCCCCUCUCCGGCCAUGGCAGGUUUCAAACGGGGCUACGAUGGCAAGAUUGCCGGCCUGUAUGACCUGGACAAGACACUGGGCCGUGGCCACUUUGCAGUGGUCAAGCUGGCGCGGCACGUCUUCACCGGGGAGAAAGUGGCCGUCAAGGUGAUCGAUAAGACCAAGCUGGACACGGUCGCCACGGGCCAUCUGUUCCAGGAGGUGCGCUGCAUGAAGCUGGUCCAACACCCUAACAUUGUGCGGCUCUACGAGGUGAUAGACACUCAGACCAAGCUUUACCUCAUCUUGGAGCUCGGCGACGGAGGGGACAUGUUUGACUACAUCAUGAAGCACGAGGAAGGGCUGAACGAAGAACUGGCCAAAAAGUAUUUCGCCCAGAUCGUCCACGCCAUCUCGUACUGCCAUCGCCUUCACGUGGUGCACAGGGACCUGAAGCCUGAGAACGUGGUGUUUUUUGAAAAGCAGGGACUGGUCAAGCUCACAGACUUUGGCUUCAGCAACAAGUUUCAACCGGGGAAAAAGCUGACGACAAGCUGUGGAUCGCUGGCGUAUUCCGCGCCCGAAAUAUUACUAGGGGACGAAUACGACGCUCCGGCAGUUGACAUAUGGAGUCUGGGGGUGAUCCUGUUCAUGUUGGUGUGUGGCCAGCCGCCCUUCCAAGAGGCCAACGACAGUGAGACCCUAACCAUGAUCAUGGACUGUAAAUACACUGUACCUGCCCACGUUUCAAACGCAUGUGAAGACCUGAUCGACCGCAUGCUCCAGAGGGACCCCAAGGGGCGGGCGUCCCUGGACGAGAUCGAGGGCCACGCGUGGCUGCAGGGCGUGGACCCCUCCCCCGCCACCAAGUUCAACACGCCGCUGGUCUCCCACAAGAGCCUGUCGGAGGAGGAGCACAGCGGCAUCAUCCAGCGCAUGGUGCUGGGGGACAUCACCGACCGCGAGACCAUCGUGGAGGCCCUGGAGACCAACAAGUACAACCACAUCACGGCCACCUACUACCUGCUGGCCGAGCGCACCCUCAGGGAGAAGCAGGAGAAGGAGGUGCAGACGCGCUCCUCCAGCCCCAGCAACGCCAACAAGGCCCAGUUCAGGCAGUCGUGGCCGAGCCGCGUGGACAUGCACCAGGACAUCGAGGACAGCCUGGCCACCGCCUCCAUGGCCGGCGGCCCCCAAUCCCCGGCCCGCAGCGCCGAGAACCUGCUGAACGGCCACCGCGCCUCCAAACCCCUGGAGCUGGGUCGCCGGGAGGACCUCACCGACUCGCCGCAGGGUGCGUGUGCAGUCCCCCCCUCCUCUGGUCCCGGGUCCCACCGGGCCCCCGCCGUGCCGGCUCCCAAGCAGAGAACCUGCCUGUUCAGAGUGGAGGAAGACGAGGAGGAGGAGGACGAGGCCGACUCCGCCCCCCAGGCCGCGCAGGUGGUCCUGCGCCGCAAGCCCCCCUCCAUCACCAACCGCCUCACGUCCCGCAAGAGUGCGCCCGUGCUCAACCAGAUCUUCGAGGAGGAGGGCGAGUCCGGCGACGACACGGACGAGGGCCUGCCGCCCAAGCUCAGCCGGCUCAAGAUGCAUCUGGCCUCCACCACCGCCGCCGCCGCCGUCACCUCCACCUCCACGGCCGCCGCCGCCACGGCCGCCGCCGCCACCUCCCCCACGGCCUCGUCGCCGCCGGGCUCCACCCACAAGCGCUACCACCGCCGCAAGAGCCAGGGGCGCGGCUCGUCGUGCUCCAGCUCGGAGACGAGCGACGACGACUCGGAGAGCCACCGCCGGCGGCUCGACAAGGACUCGGGCUUCAGCUACAGCUGGAACCGCCGGGACAGCAGCGAGGGCCCCCCCGGGAGCUCCGGGGGCGGCGGGGGCGGCCAGGGUGGAGGAGGAGGAGGAGGUGGAGGAGGAGGAGGCGGGAGUAGCUCGGGACAGGGCAAGCCGCCCUCGGAAGGCAACGGCUCGUCCGGUCCUGACCCCGGGAGCCCCCCUGGCGGCGGAGGGGGUGGGGGGGGAGGGGGUAAAGGACAGAGCAGCCCCUCCAGCUGCUGCAACAGCAGCAGCACCAACAGCGGGGGCGGCGGAGCCACCACCCCGCCCGCCCCCGCCGCUAACACCACCAGCCCCCCGACGGCCACCGGGUCGUCGCGGCCGUCACGCGCGGCGUGCCGCAGCACAGAGCUGGUGGAGAGCCUGAAGCUGAUGAGCCUGUGCCUCAGCUCCCAGCUGCAGCACCACCGCGCGGCAGGGGGGGCGCGCACGGGACGGGGCGGGGGCGGCGGCCGCUACAUCAUAGACCCCCGGGGCGGCGGCGGCGGCGGGAAGCUCCCGGAGAAGUCGAGCUGGAAGAUGUGCGUGGGCUCCAACGGCAGCCUGGACACCAUCACGCUGCCCACGGGGGGGCCGCCGCCCCCCCGGGCCACGCACGCCCAGCGCAAGACGGCGGCGGGCGGCGGCGGGGCCCGGGACCGCCACGGCCUGAAGAACGGCGUGCUCCAACUACCUCUGUGUGAGAAGACCAUCUCGGUCAACAUCCAGCGGGGGUCCCGGGACGGUCUGCUGUGUACGACCGUGGCUCCGCCCAGCUGCUGCCAGGUCAUCUAAAAACAAACACCCCCCAACCCCCCCCUCCCGUCCCGUCCUGCCUCACCAUCAGUAACACAGUCCUCCAACAGGCCCCUGGUCCAACCAAAUACCCCAUCGGCUCCAUGUUGCUCCACUCUCUGGUAUUGCUCUUUGUUAUGUUCUUUUGUAUCGACCUCAGCCCCCCCCCCCCCCCCUAAACUAAAAGCUAUUUUUACACGUCCCAUUCCAGAACAUUGCAGAGUUACCCUCCCGUGGUCUCCAUAUACGAUUGAUUUAUUUUUCGGAAAAAAUACUCAAGAGAAUAUGUGUGCUAGUGCCCCCCCCCCCCAAACAACAACAACAACCUUGCAUCAUCGGUUUUCUGGCCGUAGCAGUCACACGACUAAAAAGUUCCUCAUUCCUUAGCGACAUCACAGCCUGCCUUCCGGUCUCGUCCUCGCUAGUCCCUCAGCAUCGCUUUACCUCAUUGUUGCUUUGACUUUUUCCAUCUUACGGCUUUCCCUAAUGGGUAUGGAUCUAUGUGUUUGCGAUUGCGUACAUACGAGAUGUGUGUGUUGCCCGGAAUGUGUUUUUAAUGUUUGUGUGUGUGUUUUCACGCAAGGUUUUUAUUUUUCAUAAAUAGUUUUUUUACGGUGUUUGAUUUAAAGGGUCCCAUGAUAUGCCACCAGGUGUGGGUUCAUUAGCCGUUACAAGCCGUUUUCGAUAUCUGUCCCUUAUGACAUCACGGGUGGGCGUGUCCACCUAGAUGUGUGACGGUCUUGUAACGACUAAUCAACCCACACCUGGUGGCAUGUCAUUGGACCUUUAAGUCGGCUUUCGUGCAUUUUGUUCCAUCGCUUACGGGCGACUUUGUAUUGUACGGUGUCUUUUGGGAUUUCAUUUCACGAGGUUCUGGAUUUGGAUGUGUUUUUUUAAGGGCAAGCACUGUUUUGGAAAGGUUUCCCUAGCCGUGGUUUGGCGGUCGGACACGUCCCUAUUAAGACGAGCUCUUACCAAGAAACCCACCGCUGUCCUGAGGCCAGCUGUUGUGUAGUUAUAAAUGGAGAGGUUUGUGUCGUUUUUCUCCACCUGUUGUUUCUCAGACGUUUCCUUCUUACAUUUGGAUAUUUGGAUGCCCAUAGGUAUACUACUGUUAACUGGUUAUAUCCUUACGAAAAUCAGCCAUUGUUCGGAAUAUGGCCUUGUCGGAAAAAAAAAACACCAAGCCAAAGGUCUUCAGGCGUCAACUGUUUUGUUUCGAGUCGACACGUCACGAUGUCAAGGACGGCUAUGAGUUUGCGUGAUGUGUUCUGUUCCUUGUCGGUUUUUUUAACUGGACAGCUUUAGUUGACACCUUUUUUUUUAUAGCUUUUUAUCUCCCAUGGUGCACUGACAAUCCGUUUUAUGUACUCGCGUUUUUGUCUCUGGUUUUGGUUUUUAAACUGUACAGAAUUAAACGUUGAUUGUGUUUUCUUAAAACAAACUGAAACACACAAACCCCAUAGUGAAGUCAAUUCUCCUUUUGCCCCCCAAACCCCCUUGCAGUGGGGACCCUAAGUGCUGCUUUCAAGACGACACACACUUUGAGCGCCAGAUGGCGAAAGGGAAUGUAUGCUUCAUCCUUCAGGGUGCAUUUUGAAUCCUGCUCACUAUGGCAGGAUACUGUAGCACAUUCAACUGUUGUCAUGAUUACAGACGCGGUGCCCGACGUGAUUCACAGAGGGCAACGUCUCUGUACCAUCUUCAGGGGUUUACAGUUUUAUUCAGCGCUUCUGAAUUGUGUAAUUUUAGGCGUUUUUGUAGUAUUUUCUUUUCUAUUCGCCGCCCGAGAUGUACAAAGUAUUUGAGCGGUGGUGAGGGAUUGCCGGUUUAUCCACCGUUAAUUAGAUUUGACUUAACUGUGAUUAACGUUAGGUGAAAAUCGUUGCCCCCUUUAAAGAAAAAAGAUUCCCAUGGAAAUAAACGAUAUGAAUACCAAUAGGUUCAUCUUUUGACUUAUUACAGCCGUAAGUAAAUAAUUGUAUUAGACUUGAGCCCGUUGCGAUGCGCGUUGAAACCGGUUUACGGUUUUGUGUGUACAAGUUGUGUACAACUUUGUGUUGCGAUGCUGACCAGACUUGAGACAAGCGUCGAGUUGGUUUUAAACUUUUCCUUCUGUUGAUGAUGUAUAUAUGUUGAAUACAAAGGUUUAUUUUUCAACUUGGGACUUCUGAGCGAUAUAUAUAUCUGCUGUUUGAAAAAUACUGUGUUUAUCUUGGUCCGUUGGUCAGUCGAUGCCUAUCUGCGUAACAUUUAUUAACGUGUGUGAGUGUGUGCACGUGCGUGAUGCCGUGCACGUGUCCCCCCCCCCCCCCUGAUAAUCUCAUUAAAAGAAUUUGAUUAACAAAAAAAACACCUCCUCUAUUAUAGAAUCUCAUAGGAAACACCGCUUUGAAAGAAGGGCCUUCGAAUGAUUGACAGAACAAAUCAUAGGCAGAGCGAACCUGGGGCAGGGAAUAUGGGAAUAUCCUUUUAAGGGCAUUGGCAAUAAGCUACACAGUACGUUGCAGCUAUAUGUACAUGGACAUUUACUUUCCUUUCAUUUUUUUUAUUGUAUAUUUCAAACCCGCGCCGCCUCUUAGGUGGCCACAGCGGAUUGAGAAGAUAAAGAAAGAGAGAAAGCUAUCUUAUAAAAGUUUUUGGUUGUUUCUGUUUUUAUGAGUUGGCGAAACAAGGAAAAACGUUUUGUAAAUAGAAUUGUACAUUUGGUGCUCUUUUAUCUAGAAACAGCAGCGUGGGCCUUGGGCUGCAUUAGCUGUACAGUCAUAUAUAGCCUUAUUCUAAAUAGUACUAUGGGUGUCGCCGGAGAAGUGGAGAAAAAAACAAAAACCACGGGUGAGGAGAAGAAAAACUAAAGCAGAAAAAAAGGCAAAACAGAAACAAGGACAGGAUUCUAUCCAUAACGUUGAUUGUCUUGAGCAUCGUCCUUCUCAAGCUGUUUCCAGUUAAAUGACAUGUGCAUGUGUUUCAAUGUUUGCCAUCAUCGCUACCCCCCCCCUCCCCCCUCCCCCCUCUCCCCCAGAACACAUAGUAGUGGAGGAGGCUGGAGAGGGCCGGUUCGGAUUCACCCACAGAAGUAAUGGAACUGGACCAAAACAUCACUUUGCUGUCUAAAAACGGAAAGCUAAAGAUUACAAGAAAAAAAUUGAAAAGACAGAAUUCUUCAGUGUAUUAUUCUGUAGUGGAUACCUGUUGUCAAACGUUACAUAUAGCUAUGGUAAUCUUCAAAAUAAAAUGUGGAAAGCUCUCUCAUAA